CAGGAACCAACCCUGGAAAGGUCAAACAAGUAACGGGGGCCAUCCUCAUCCUUAGGGCGAGAGGCGGUCCCGAGAUGCGUGAGCUGUGGCCGCAGGACCGCUGCUGGGAUGGAUGGAGGGUGAGGGGUGUGCGUGGAGCUGCCCCCGGUGCCUCCAAGAAUGGUCACAGCAAAAGCAAGGAGUCCAGCUCUUUCUCUCAGGCCCGUGGCGCCAGCAGGAGGGCCAGUGUCCUGGUCUCCGUACUGCCCGGAAGCUCCGGAGCCACCAGCGGGAUCAGAAGUGGCAUGACAAACAGUUCAAGAAGGUCCGUUUGGCCCUGAAGGUCAACCCUUUUGGAGGCGCUUCCCAUGCAAAGGGGAUUGUGCUGGAAAAAGUAGGGGUUGAAGCCAAACAGCCAAAUUCCGCUAUCAGGAAGUGUGUCAGGGUCCAGCUGAUCAAGAAUGGCAAAAAAAAUCCAGCCUUUGUACCCAAUGAUGGCUGUUUGAAUUUCAUUGAGGAAAACGACGAAGUUCUGGUUGCUGGAUUUGGUCACAAAGGUCAUGCUGUUGGUGACAUUCCUGGAGUUCGCUUUAAGGUUGUCAACGUAGCCAAUGCGUCUCUUUUGGCCUUAUACAAAGGCAAGAAGGAAAGACCAAGAUCCUAAGUUUUGAUGGUGAAAUCACAGUAGUAAUAAAUUUUCAUAUGCCAAAAAAAAAAAAAAAAAAAGUAAAGAGUCCAG